CAGGCCGCACUCAUCCCUCGCCCUCGUGGGAGUCUUCCUAAAGUCUGUGCUGCCAUGGUGGCUGCCCUAACAAUAGGAGUUCUCUCAUGGAUGUCUCCUCAUAACCUUCUUGCUCUGGUAGCAUUGGCAGUGCUCACUGUGACACUGGGACCUCUGCUGUACGGGGUCUGUCUGCUGACGGAGGAGCUGCUGCACCAUUCAAAGACAAGGUAUCGAGGCCGAGUGCUGCUCAUGCUGCCAGCCUGUGGUUUGUGGGGUAAGACUGUGCUGGCUGCCCUGCUGGCAGGCCUCCUGUUGUACCUGACCAGUCACCUUCUGGUGCAGAAAGGCCAAUGCUGGGAACUGGUUUACCUGAUUCCUGCUCUUUACACGCUGUUCAAAAGCUUGGGAGUCCUGGGUCCAUCGAAGGUGGAGGUGUCAGACAUCUGCGAGGGGAGGAAGAUGAACGUAGCCCAUGGCUUGGCUUGGUCCUUCUACCUGGGCUACCUGCAGCUGGUGCUGCCACGUUUGGAGAACUCCAUCGCUGCUUUUCGUGCUUCACAUCAGAACAGCAGCCUCCGCUGGAGUCAUGGCUCCAACAGGCUCUUUAUCCUCAUUCCUCUCAAUGCAAACAUCUCGCAUAAGUUGGAGAACGAGGACAGCAACAUCUGUUUUUAUGACAACCUUCCAAACAAUGAGAUAGACAGGGCUGGAGUCCGAGGCCGGGUCUACAAGCACAGCGUCUACCGAGUGAAGGACGAGCAAGGGAGGGUCCAUGUCUGUGCCGUGGAGUACGCCACGCCCCUGCUGACUCUGUACCGGAUGUCCCAGGAGAGAAGUGCUGGUUUUGGUGAGCGUGAGCGCAGGCAGCAGGUCCUUCUCUUCUACAGGACCCUGCAGGACAUUUUGGACCAGUCGCUGGAGUGUCGCAACCAGUACAAACUCAUCCUGCUCAACGAUGAGCAUGAAGAAGACCCCCACUUCCUGUCCAAAGCCAUCCUCACACACUUGGAGCAGCAGGAGAAGGAGGAGUACUGUCUGGGUCCACCUCCUCUGCAGGAGUCUGAACGAGCUUUUCGGGGCUUUUCAUUGGCUAUGGCUGCAAACAGCACAAACUGGCACCAGCCAGAGCCGAUGAGCAGGGAGCCGACGCUCAUGAUCAGCCUGGACAAACCUCAGUCUCUGAAGGUGCCCGUGGAGAACACGGACCACCACAGCCCCUGAAGGAACCCUUGGAGGACAUGGAUCGCAACUACAAAGCAACACUUCCAUCCAUCCAUCCAUCCAUCCAUCCAUCCAUCAUCUAUACCCGCUUCUUUCUUUCAGGGUCACUGGUGCUCAUGUCCAGCAGUCACAGUACGAGGGGCGGGGUACACCCAACACCUCCAAUUACUGCUUGUAUUGUCUCAAAGGACAUCAAUAAAGCUGGUCCACUAGUCCACUGUCAGAAAAAAAACAACAAUAAACAUUGAUUUACUUGUCAAAUU